AAAUUCCAAAGGCUAUCGCAAGUAAAUAAAUUAAAAAAUUAUGGGGGUUACUUGUGUAUGCCAGGUGCCUGUGGCGGAGGGGAAGAGUGUGCAGCAGACGGUGGACAUUCUGCACAAAAAGUUGGAGCAGCUCGGAGCUGUGAAGCACGGCAGCUUCUGUGUGGACUGUGAGACAUACCAGUCUACAGGAAAUGCUGCUGGUCAGUCCUCCAAGCUCCUGUAUGUGAUGCACAACUCAGAACUUCCCCUCAGCUGCUUGGCUCUGUUUGAAGGAGGACCCUGUCUGAUAGCAGACGCAAACUUUGACGUCCUCAUGGUGAAGCUAAAAAGUCAUUUCCAGAACGCCAAGGGACACAAGGUGGAGUGUCGGGGUUCGAGGUAUCGCUACUGUGACUUUCUUAUCAAAGUUGGCACAGUCGCCAUGAGUUCCAGUGUCAGAGGGAUCUCGGUGGAGGUGGAGUACUGUCCUUGCGUGGUUCCAGGGGACGGCUGGAACCUCAUGAAGGAGUUCAUGCAGUCUUUUCUCUGCAACAACGUCCCCGAACUUCCAACUGUGUUCGCAGCCAAACCCGAGGGUCUUUUUGCUCCGGCGGACUGCGUCGACACCAUGAGUCAGUACUUAGAGCUGUUCAACAAACUUCGGAAACUUCAAAUCACAGGAACCAACGUGCGAUGA